UCGACUCCGCGCCGCCCUUCACCUGCUCGCAGCCGGAUCUAAACUGCCUUGUAAGAAACAGUACCUGCAUGGAUGAGAGCUGGCUACAAAGUUCCACAUGGACACCGUCUGCACCAAGUAUUCUUGAUGUCUUCCCUGAUGUUUUCCGUGAUGAGGAGGAAAAGCUACUCCCAGUCCUGCGGAUUGAAUGGAAGGUUGCUACGGAUGCUAGUAUCCAGUAUCUCCGAGGAGCAGAGCUGGCUGUGCUGCAGGUAUCCAGUAAUCGACAAAUCUGUGUCCAGUUUGACUUUCAGAACAACCUGCCUCUUCAGGUCCGUCCAGAUGGAAGCCGGUGGAACUUCACUUUUGAUCGCUUUGAAGUGGAGCCUGGCCAGUUGUACCAAGUGACCGUUCAUCAUCUGCCCAAACUGGGUGUAAAUGGAGACCACAACUGCAAAUCCAAGUCUUUCAAAAUGCCUGAUUGUGAGGAUUCUUUGAUGAAAACAACCACACCAUGUUUGCAGAUAGGCAGUCUGUGGGAACCUAACAUUUAUUUUGAAAGUCUGGAUGACAAAUCUUUUUUGGUGAGUUUUAGCCCAGGGAUGGAGCCAGCCCGAUACCGGAUCCAUGUGACCAGUUUCCAAGAUGAGCAGAACCAAUGUAAAGACACCACGCAGGAUAUCUCUGAGAAAGGGUUGCAGCAGCGCGUGAAUGUCACACUCAGAUUCGAAAAACCUAUAAGAACUUGUUGCACAUACAAAGUCCAGAUUCAGCCGUUUUUUGCAAAUUGUGGCACUGACUGUACAAGGCACUUGAGUGUCUUUCAAUGUCCACCUGCUCCAACUUCACAACCUACAGAUGAUCUGUUUAUGUGGCUGUACUGGUGUAUCACUGGCUUCUGUGUUUUACUGGUGGGAUCAAUUAUUGCUGGGGCCAUUUAUAUGACCCAAACACAACCAGGGUGCCAUCAUGGGAAAUUGAACAGUAGCAGCAUGUCGCAUGAACUGUUACCCCCAGACAUGCCUCCUCCAAAACUGAAGCCCCAGAAGGUUUGGUUGGUGUACUCUGCUGACCACUCGCUGUAUGUAGAUGUGGUGCUGAAGUUUGCCCAGUUCAUGAUCACAGUCUGUGGUACUGAGGUAGUUCUGGACCUGCUGGAAGGGCAUCAGAUCUCAGAGAUGGGAGCCAUACCCUGGCUUACUCAACAGAAAAAGGAAAUGGAAAAGCUUUCUUCAAAGAUCAUCGUUUUGUGUUCUCGGGGCACCCGUGCCAAGUGGCAGGCCAUGCUUGGGAAGGAGGCUGUGCAUCUCAAACAAGAUCAGCAGCAUCCAGCAGGAGAUUUGUUCACGCCAGCCUUUAAUUUGAUCCUGCCAGAUUUCAAGAAACCAGCUUGUUUUGGCAUGUAUAUAGUGUGCUAUUUUGCAGGUAUAAGUAAUGAUGAGGACGUUCCUGACCCAUUCAAUGUCACAUCCAAGUACGAGCUGAUGGACAGGUUUGAAGACAUUUACUUUCGGAUCCAAGAUAUAGAAAAAUUUGAGCCAGGGAGAAUCCAUAGAAUCCAGGAGAUCACACCUGAAAAUUGUUUUGAAAACCCCAGUGGCUGGAAGUUGAAGGAGGCUGUGCAAAAAUUCCAGGAUUGGCAGGCAGAGCAUCCAGACUGGUUUGAAAAAGAGAUCUGCUCUGAGGAAGAGGAGGACCUGCAGUCUCUGGAUAGAGAAAGCCCUGAAGAAUUAAUACCCAUGGAAGAGGGAAUUAUGAAGCAGCAGUUGUGUCUUCAGGAGCCUGAUCCCAGUGGCUGCUACAUGGUCAGUCUCCAUAUAAAUGAAAUUGAAGGCAAAAGCUGUAAACUGCAGCCUCAGUUUAAUCCACCUGGAGAUCCAACUUUCCAGACUAUGAUAAUUCCCAUGGAGGAAGUUCCUCCAGUUCAGAUGAUGGAGCCACUCUCUCUCCAAGAUAGUAAAAAUGCAGUCAGUCAUCAGGUGCUGACCAAUGAGGACUGGAUGGAAGGAAUCCCCCUCCUGGCAACCAGUGUCCCAAUGAGAAAUAGCAUUCUAUUCUAUGAAGACCUUAACGCCACAUCAUCAGACAGCCAGAUAUUGACAGACCACCUUCAGGCUGAAUUGAACGAACAGCUGAAUGGUUUAAUGUACUCUCUCUACCAGCGAAAUGUCAUUCCUUCUGAGCCAUCUCUUUGCCAAGAAGAGGCUGAAGAGCAGCAGCAGCAGCUGGUCUUCAAUGACCAAUCCAAAGAUCAAAGACAGUCAGUGCAGUCUGACCAGGGCUACAUCUCGAGAUGUUCCCCUUUGCCUCCUGAUGAUCCUGUCGAAGAGGAGGAGGAAGAGGAAGAACAGGGAAGCCAGAUGCCUGCACAACACCUCUCUCCAGAAAUACUGGACAGCUUAAAGAGUCUCCAGCAGCAGCUGCUUUUCCAGGAAAUUCAGCAGAACAAUAGCUGGGAGUAUAUAGGUAUAAUGAGAGACACAGGCCAUUCUGUAGAGGACUCUUAGAUCUAUCCAGGGGUCACUGCAUUUGAAAAAUGGGUAUGGAAGCAGGUGGUGUGUAGACAUGCAGCAUUCAACUGCAAGGUGUCUCCUGAUCUUUUAUAACAAGUGACCUAGGCUAUUGGUUGGAACUUGUUAAUACCAGCCCUCAGGGAAAGGAUUGUGCUUCUGAAUACAGUAUGAUCUACCCAUUUGGCUUUUGGAGCCAAGCUGUUGCUUUAAAUCUCUGAAUGGGAGAAGAUGGCUCAAUUUUUAAAAUAUCCCAUGAGGUGACUAGUACUAAUUCUGUUGCUCAAGAAAUGUACAACAUACAUUCCACUGAUUACAAGCAAAUGUAUUGCCAGCCAUCAUUUUGUAGCCUUGAAGAUUCAUAUCAUGCCAUCAUGAUUGCAAAAGACAUAAAUCAGGGUUAAGAAGAAGAGAAUAGACUUGAUGGAAAACAAGUUUGCAUUAACAAUUUAAUAGCUAAGCUUUAUUGUAAAUGCUGCAAUAAAUAACUUGUGCCUCAAGUCACCAUGGGUGGUGACAGAUCCAAACAGACCUACCUGUGCUAAUACCUGGGUUUGGAGAUUUUCCAGUGUGAUCCACUUAUGCUGGCAUUUCUGUAUUUGCACCAACGUUAAGAAAUAAAGUUGAAUGCCUGAGCAAAAAUCAAGAUGAAAUAUUUAAAACCAGGUAGCUUUGCGUAUAGACAUAAACAAUAGCCUGAAGGGUAAAAGGGAGCAGGGCUUAACUUUGUUAGCUACUCUUUGGUAACUGUCUGUGUGUGUGUGUUUACCCCAGGGUAAAUAGAAGCCAACCUGGAGGAAAUUACACCUUUCCCCCGAGGGAUAAGUUACCAGGGUUUACUUCUGGGUAGAAGCAUCUACAUGGGCAGUUACCAUAGAGCAACCAUACCCUCUUUGACAACACAUUAAGCUGUUUAUGUGUACAUAUCUUUUGUCUCCUCUGUCUUUCCUCCCGAGCCUAUGAUAGAGUGGGAGGAAGACACCUGCCAGGUAACAACAGCAAAAGUAGCAUAGGGAUGAUGGACAAAAAAUGGUAUAGGAAUUUGCAGUGCAAUUACAUCGGUGAACAAGGAACUAACUAAUGUGCCUUGGGGCUGCAAUACCCAGGCUUCAAAUCAGGGUGGAAAUAAGUGUCUCCUAUAUUGCACUGCUGGUGCUGCAUCCAUAACUCUGUGAUGUCUCUAUGCAUCUCAAUACUAGGCAAGUUUCAGACUGGAGAUUUGGUGGGAACAGCAAUGAACACAGUCAAAUGUCUAAAUUUCUAUAAAGAAAGAUUUUUAACAGUAAGCAUAGCUUGAACAGAUGUUAUCUGAAGAGUAGGAAGGGUAUUUUAAAGAAAUUUUGGAGUGAGAUGAAUGCAAGGUGGUUCCUGGAGGUAAUUAGCAAUAGCAUAAAUUUUGAGCAAAGGAAGUUUGGGCUGAACCCUGAGAGAUGUUUCCCACUACCAGACUAACAGUCUCCCAAGAGUGGCCAUGGAAAUGCCAUCAAGUGAGACAGUCUAAACCUGGGCUUGAUGAGCUUCAGAGAAUAUUUCCCAGUGGCCAGUGCAGCAUUUAACUUUUCUGGGCAAACUACAUAGAUCUUGAAAUCUACAUGAUGUGCAAACUCCUGUACAGCUAUAGUUUUUACCUUGGACACGGCAAUGGCUUGGUCACCUCAGCCAGCUGGGGGAACAGUUUCUUGAGGCUUUUUUGUCUUUUCCCCUUGCGCACUCAAGUAAGGCUGCAAGUAAACCUUAUUUAUUGCACCUCUGUAUCAAAGAGCAAGAGAUCAGUAGCAUAACAGAGGGGGAGGCAACUGGGGCAGCAACCCUGGGUGCUGCCUUGGAGGAGUAAGGGUGCAAAAAAGCAUUUGCUGGAAUGGCAGCUGGAUGUGCCACUGCCACAGGCACUGUGGCAGCUAGCACUGCCCUUUGCAAAGGUAUGGCCCCGGGCAUGGAGCUGCCCAGCUACACCUCUGCAAGAAGUGAUCUUUGUGCCUUGCAUUAAGAUAAAACAUUUUUCAAUGUCUAAAGUAGCAUAGAAGUCUUUUUUUAAAUCUCUAAACAUUGUAUCUAAGCUACUUGAAGUGUCUCUUGUGAUUUUUUUUUAAUUGGUUGUCUUUAAAUAUGGAAUUUCAAUUCAUAAUUUUAUUAACUAUUAUUCUACCAAUUGUGAUGAUGCAUCCAGUGCUGUUAUAUAUUUUUAUAAAAUUUAUACAGUGCUUUACUAAUGUUGCUUUUAUAAUUAAAGGCAUUACCCACUGAAAUGCAUGAAGUAUUGAUUUUUUGGAAAAGGUAAUAAGGUUGUAGGAAAGUAGGGCUGGAAGGAAUUCAAAAGGUCAUCUAGUCCAGCCCCCUGUUUGAGGCAGGACCAUCUGUAACUAAACCAUUUCAGCCACGUGUCAGUCCAAACUGCUCUAGAAAUCUUCAAGGAUGGAGAUUCCACAAUGUCUCCAAGGUAGCUUCUUCCAAGGACUGACCUCCUAAGUCCCUCCUAAUGCCCACCUAAAUUGGAGCUGCAGCUUCAGUCCAUUGCCCCUAGUCCUGUCCCCUAUGGCCACAUAUUUUAUCAAUACAAAGAUGUAUUUGUUUGUGCUUCAUUCAAGAUUUGAAUAGUGGUCCACAAAUCUAUUAUAAUGGGAUCUUGGCCUGCUUGCAGCUUGGUGGAACCUUGGGUCACUGACAGAAGACUAAUGCCUCAAAAAAGUUCCUUCUGAUGAGAGAAAUUCCACUGCCUUAAGAAUUUAACUCUACCUUCCUAAAUUACAGAUUCUGCUAAAUAGCCUCUGAAGCUUAACAGCUUCUUCUGCAAAGCUUACAAAAAUCUUUCCUCUCUUUACCUCUGACAACAAACCCAAGUGUUUGGUUGUCAAUUUAUAUUUCUAUUCUAGAUCUGUCUCUGGGGUGGGCCAGAACCAUGAAUCAUUACUCAAGAAAAAGAAAUUUUCAAAUAAGCAUACAUGCUACCUUUCUCACCAUACUAAGAUUCCACAGGAUUUUUUAGAAUAAGAGUUUGAUAGAACAAGUUUCUGCCACCUAUUAGACUUACCUUGGGCAGAGAACUUUUGAUUCCAAAGACCAGUUGAUUUAAAUAAGUAGCAAAGUAAACAGACCAAGGUAAAAAAUCUUGUGCAGAUGCCAUGGUCCUGAACUCUCAGUAGUUGCUGGCCACUGCCUUGAAUGCCCUUUGAUUUCCACCUACCACUUGUAUGCACACAUUCCUCUAGAGCUCAAAGCACUGACACAUGAAUUGUCACAGAAACAGACACCAAAUAUUAAACCAUUCCUUAAAAAAAAAGGGCUAUCUGGCACAAUGGAAGAAGGUAGGGCAUGGUAGCACUUUGGAGACUGAGUUAGAGAGCCAUUAGCUUGUAUAGGCAACAACCUAGUUCAUUCAUUGCAUCUGAUAAAGUAGGCUGUUGACUAAAAUCUCAUGCCUCUUUAGUUUAAAGUACCCCCACUCCUGUCUGCCUGACUUCAGACAAACACAGCUGGCCACCUCUCUGGUGUAAUGGAGUGACACUUCUCAUUAAAAAGGCUUACAUACAGCCAUCCACUUCUCUGUAGAAUCAGCCAGUUGAAGGCAGACCAUCAAACAUAACUUUCCUUCUAUGUGGCCAGAAAAAUUGGCAAAUGGAAAAGCUCCAACAAAAACAGCUUAGUCCCAGCUAAAAAAUAGCUAAAUUGCUAUUUAUUACUUGUUUAGCCCAACUAUGAUAGGUCUUGUACAAGACCUAAAAUGUUCUUCCCAUGCUCCACAAUGAGCUGUCCUCAUAACCACUAGAAUAGAAGCAAAUUUCAUCUCUUAGGUAGUGAAAGAUGUGGAUUUAGAAAAAGCCCCCAAACUUCUGUUUCACAGCUUUAUAGUAGAAACAUUUGCCAUGAGUUCUUUCUAUGCCUUACAAAAACAUUUGUUGUAAGUAAGGAGCUCAGAAGUGUUUCACUUAAACUGUUAUCAAUUUGCUCAUCCACCUCUGGAAAAGUUGCUCUUUGAGUUAAAAUUCACCAUUUUGUUCUGACAGGAUGCUCAUUUGAAGAAAAUCUGUUUGUGUACUUCCAGCCGGGGGAGAGGACACAAAUAAUUUUGAAUAUUUUAUUGUAACUGUUGAUAUUUAAUUUUUAAGGUAAUGUGCAGUAGUAUGGUAAUAAGAAAUCAAAGGUAACUAAACACAAGAAAAGUUGAUCACAAGUUUCUCAUUUUAUUUUAAGAACAAAUCUCAUUUUUAAAAAAUACAAGCUCUGAUUAGAUGCUAGGUGGGAUGUCAAGCCUCCUCCUGCCACACAGCCUAUUCCUUUCUAUAAUUUCAUUUUCCCCUCCUUGGAGUUGGGUAGACACACUCAGAUGAAGGAGGUACAAAAAUGCAUCUCAGGAGAGCACAACAAGCCUAAAUAAGUUCUGAUGCAGGACUACUUUGCAUGCUGGAGUUACAUAGAUAGGAGCCUGUACCUUCCAAUGGUACAAUGUGGCUUACCAAAAUAUUGACUUAAUCCAGGAGCUUGUUUAAAGUGGAAGCGACAGGCAACAUAACAUGCCUUCAAGGUGUUUGGGGUAAGGGGCAUUAUUUGCAACCAGAAAAGUACAAUUGUUCAUUCCUCUCUCAUAAAGGUUUUUGGAGCAGAACAAUGUGAAUGAAAGUAGAGGUUAAAUUCUACAUGGGGGUGAAGAAAGUUAUAGCGGACUUAAACUCCACUUAAACUAUUUUAACAUAAUGGGUGAUUAGCAUUGGUAUUAUUAUAGCUGUCAUUUUUGCUGCAAGGGGAUUCCUUAAACCAGCUAGCUCAACAAAGCAUUCACUAGAAGUCUGGUACCAACUGGCAAGUAUCCAGGAAACAAUGGCAGUUAAUAAAAGUCGCACCCUGUACUGAAGCUUUUCUACAAGAGAACCAAUAUGGCAAAACACCUAUUCUGAGACUUAGGUGUUCAGCACAAUUUUGAACUGAAGAACAAAUUUAAUAUACAAGAUUAACACAAUGCUUUGUAGCCUCUUGUUGAAAGUGGCCACAUCUAUAUGAAACGCUGACUGCACAGUUGGCCGAUACUACUAUGCAAUAGCAUAACAUGGCAACAGCGAUGUGACGCUAGUGCACAGUAGUAUUUAAACAAGUACUAAAUGACUGCACAGUAACCUGAGUUACUGCACAGUAGCGCCGACAAAUGUCUGUUUUGUGACAUGUAUAAACAAAUACUAAAUGACUGUGCAGUAAUGACCGCACAGUCAGCAUCUCAGAGGCAGCCACUAAAGACCAAGGAAACUCAUCUAUAGGCAAAGGUCCAAUAUACCUCCUUUCACACCAAUGUCUAUUAGAAAAAUGAACUUGUUGUAUUUACAUGUGCAUUAAUGCACUUUAGUUAAUAAGCAUUCAACCUAGUACCUCCAUUGCGAGGUACUAAGAAAAUGUGCAUUAGCUUAUCUUAAUGCACAUUAAUUAAAGACACAGGGCCCCUAUAUAUAAGCAUGCAUGCUGCUCUGAUGUGCUGGAGCAGACUCGAUUGAGUCUGCUGAAGCAUAGCAAUUGCCAUGCUCCAGUAGCCUCCUGUGUCUUGUGUUUCAGCAUCCCCAUGCUUAAAAAUGGCGGCAGGGCACUUGAACUAUAGCUUGUAGUUUAAUUAAAGCGCAACUCCCCACCCCUGGAGCACAUGUAAAAGUGCUCACAGUUUUUAAGUGAUGCUUAAUGUGCAUUAGCCUGUUUCAAUGCACAUUAGCAAAAGCGCACGGUUUUAAUGCACAUUAAAAUAAGCUAAUGAGCAUGAAAGCACGUGUAAACAUGCCUGCGGUUGACCAGUAGCUCUAUUGCUCAUCACCUACAACAAAGAAAAUGGAAUGUGUCAGAUUUAUGGUGGGUAUAUCUAGGCGUGCUUUUACGCAUGUCUAAACUUAAUGCAUAUUAGCCUAAUGUGCAUUAAGGCAAUUUAGGUGUGUUUCUACACAUGCACAUGCUAAGGUGCAUUAGCACAGGUGUGCAGACUGACUUGGGACUGAAGUUAGUCCUAAAUCAAUUAAUACAUGCUAUGUUAAUGCACAUUAACACAUCUACACAUUCGCUAAUGGGGCUUAGCUAUUUGCACAUAAAUUUGAUACCUGCUUCAAGCCUAAAAUCACCAUUUUUAAGUCGCAUUAAGGAUGCGCACAUGUAGAUAAGCAUCCUUAAUGCACCUUAAAUUGGGGUAACGCACAUUAAAUGCGCACAUGUAGACACACCCUGUCUGAAUUAUACUUGUGCCCAAAUAAUUUAAACCUGCCAAAUACCUUGUACGCAGUGCACUGUUAAACCACUGGCAGCUUUACUAGAAGCACGAACAGCAACAUUUGUUUCCUUUCUCUUGACAGCUUUUUCUAUGCUAUACCUUGCCUGUUUGACUGCAUAGAGUGGAAUACUGUUAGGCUAGGAUACCUAAGAGUUGCCUGUUUUUUUUAAUGGUACUUUGGUUCCUUUUUGAGUUUAAAUAUUAAAAAGGAGGGGGAAGAUCCCCUACCUGAAUGCAGAUAUUCCAGUUUCUUCUCUCCCUUUGGCCAGGAAACGAGCAUCCCCCUAGGCACCUUUCAGAUCACAUAGGAAAAGUUCACAGUACUGAGUUUUACAAUCACAGUCACUCACAGCACCAAGAUUGUCCAGACAAAUGAAAAGAAAUUACUCAAGAGAAGGCCACUGGCCAAAUUUCACACUGUUGCCCAAAACAAGCACUUUGUUUAGGGCUCAGAUAAAAAUAAAGCACUGGUGGGAAAAUUAAGCCUAGUCUUUGCUGCCUCUGGCUGGCUUGGGAAGAGUAGCAAAUCACCCUUACCAGCUGCAGCUUUAACAGAAGGGCACUUUGGGUCCUUCCUUUCUGUGUCACAGCUGAAGCUAGCCAGCCACCCAGGACUGGGGAGAGAAGAGGCUACCACAGGUCACCUGUGGGAAGCAGAGAGGAGUCAUGGACUGUAAACAUUGUGUAAUCGCAGUGCUCUAGAGGAGGACCUCUACCCUGCUCUGAGUGGGGUAGUGACAGCAGUAGCUCCGGCUCUAGUGUCAUCCCUCCCAGUGAAGCCCAAGAGUUGAAAUAAGGAAUUUAUGUACAUGCACAGGAAAAGUCCCAGCUGUGCGUAUGAUUCUGGCACUGGCUGUGGAGAGCUGCUGCACUUUGUUCCCUUUCCCAUAUGGGCAGCUUGGAAAAAAGGCUCUGGACAGCAGAGUGCCUACCAUCCCAUGUGAAUGCAUUUCUGUCAAGAAACAACUGGGAGGGGACAAAGCUUUCCCUUCCUAGUUCCUUCUGUUCAGCAUCUUGGGUUCCUGGGGCAGCUACAGCCAGCUAAUGAAUCAGGCUUAAGCUGCCCCAAACAUCCAUGGAGCUCAAACACCAAGGACAGCUGUAUUCCAUGAAAUGGCAUCACAGUUACCUUCUUCCCCCCAGCCUUUAGCCAUAUGCACAUAUGGAUGACAGACAAUGCCAAGAUGUGGGGGAUGGGUCUCACCAAGACAGGUAAACUGUGGUGUGCAACUUUGUCCCAUGCAGGUGGCUCAUCAUAGCACUUCCCUGCCCAGGUCUGGAAGUCAAAUGAGGUUCAUCCAGCUGUUCCAAGCAGCACCAAGAUUCCCCUGCUGGUAGCAAGGAAGACAGUUGGCAGGUUCCAGUCUCAGGUCUGUUCUUCAAAGUUGGUGCAAAUGGAAGGUUCACAGUUGCUGGACCAAAUCUUCCCAGCCUGCCUAAGCUGAGUGGAGGGUGCCCUUAUUGUCAGUGUAAAAAAAAACAAAACAAAACACAACAAUGAUCCUUAAAACAUGCAUAUUCACAGAAAACUGGGAGCCCCAGCAAGUGGCUGCUGCUGCCUGAAACAAGCAGGUGCCUGUUGUUAGACCCUGUUCUCACCAGAAAUAAAUGUCUCUUUUUUGUUUUGUUUUGUUUUGUUUUGUUGGGGGGGGGAGGGAGACUCAGCCCCCUGGUGUAGGCCCAUUUCAGACUCACUUGUUCUUUUAGCACAAGAUGCAACAAAGUUGAAGCACAGAGGUAGACAUUUUCAGCAAGGAGACAAGUGGCUUCCCUUGAAAUUGCUAGACCAGCAGCCUCAGUUCCCAGAAAAGAAGCUCACUCCAUGGGGGAUUCGGAGGCCCUUUUUUUUCCGUGUCUCAGCAGAUGUAAAACAGAGACGGCGCCUCUGUAGGCUAUAAGAAGACUAAAAGCAAGCAUCUUCUUUGUGGUCUUGCAUAUACCCCAAGGACAGACGUGUAGAGGAGAUUGUGGCCACUUAGUUCCUUCUCACAUUCAACCCAUCAGGAUUUCUAAGUGCCAUCAAGGCCAGAAUCCAGUCCACCCUUGACGCAGGGAAACAAAAUGAAACUCAUUUUGUUAAUGAGGGGCACCUUGAUGAGAUGUUUUGGCACACAGCAAGGGGGAAACAGACCUGGGCUUUGAGACGCUAUGAAGGGGCCAGAAGCUAGAAGGAAAAGCUGCUGCAAGGAGCAAGGGCUUCUGCCUUCCUCCCGGCAGAUAGCCUGCGCUGCGUGUCCGACGGCUGCCGAGAGGCUCCUUCCUGGGAAAGGCAGGGGGAGACCGGCAUGGAAAGAACCGGCAGCUUUUUCCAGCCGUCAGUCAUAACAGUUCGGGGCAAUGCGGGACCCUGAGCGGCAAGGCAGAGCAGCUCUGCCAGGGAGGAAGGACUGGAAAGAAGAGCCAGCUCAGCCAGGUGGGGAGAGGAUCCCGUUCCCCUUGUUCCUGAGCUCUGGGGCAGAAGGGGCCGGCAGAAGGCCUGGAGGGCAACGGCGACACCCUUCCCGGCCUUCGCCUCCUGGGCGAAGCCCCUCAGCUCUGGGCUACAGCCAGGGUGUUGAUGUAGCCGUGCGGGCCCACGUCGUUGUCAGAGAUGCAGCGGGCCAGCGGGGCGGCCCCGGGUCCCGGCCCGGGCC